AUUUUAAUCUUUCGAUUCGAUUGAUCGUGUGGCUAAAAAUUAAGUCUUAUCUUUAUUUUUUUCUGAUACCACUCUCUGAUGAGUGGCUGGUUGGUUGGUUGCUUGGCUUUGUUGGCCUCACUGUCUCUGACUGACUGUAUGGUACGCUAGCCAAGUUUAAGUUGUGGAUUAUGAUGGUGGCGCUGUUUGGUGACCGGGCUACGUUCAAUUGGUUUUCUUCAUUUUGGGGGAGAGAUACGUUAUAAUACCAGGUGUCGAUAGUCUUUGGACAUUCAGUACGCGGCACAUUGAUCUAAAGUGAAGACGGGUCGCUCGGUUAAAAAAAAAAACAUUAAAAGAAGAAGAAGAAAAUAUAAAAAAAAAUAAUAGUCAAAAAAGAAGAUUAAAAUAAGUGCUCGGUUUCAAAAAAAAAUUGCUGUUAGAAAAGAUUAGGUAGAAAAUAUUGAAAAAAAAAAUCGAUAUUGAUACAAAAUCAAACAAAAAAAAAUACCCAUAAAAAUUCUCAUAUUAAAAAAAAAUAUAUAUAUAACAAAAAGGGAAUGCAAAAAAAGAAUUGUGGUUACAAAAACGUACACCUUAAAAACCCCAAAGUGAAUUGUACCAAAGGUUUUGAAACCUCAACAACAACAACAAGAUAACGCCAAGUCGCUGCUUUAUAAACAACAUCAAUCUUUUCCUCCUUCUCCAGCUGCCAAAUGUAAACACAAGAAAAAAUCUGAUACAUCCAUAUCAACGGUCCGGUGACUAAAGCCAUUGACUGCGUUAGUCAAAUGAAAGAGUAGCGAAUUGAAUUCUCAGACCAAAAAAAAAGAAAAAUAAAAAAAAUAAAACAAUCCAUGUACACUAGCAUCACCUAAACACAAAACUACACCCACACACUCAUCACCAAAACACGCCCCUUACGCCCCCCCAAACAAAAUUACCGCUUGUAAGCCUUAACAUGUAAAAGGUAAUACAAGCACUUCUGCUACAAAAAUACAAAAAAAAAAAAUAAUUAUAAACAAAUUAUUAAAUUUAAAUAAUUAGCACUUAACAAUUCUAGCUUAGUAAACAUAGGUAUUAAAAUCAUUUAUACUAAACACUUUAACUUAAUUUUUAUUUAAACAUUUAAGCUAAAAACGUUUGUGAUAUUUCCUAUUCCCUCUUAACACAUACACCUAGACUUAAACACCUAAGUUCUGGUAAAAUCCAACUUCGUUUUAUUGAAGUCUUUUAGUUUUACUUUAUUCUCUUGCCAGAGAAGAGAGAGACAGACACAAAGCCUAAGAGAGAUCUCCCUCGCCUAUUGUACAACAUAAAUGUAUAAAAGAAGAGCGCAGCAGCAGCAGCAGUAGCAGCCCAAGAGAUUAACCAUUUAAAUGAGCCAUUCCAAGUUGGCAUAAAAUUAAAACUUAGUUUUGUUACAAUUAGCUUUAAGCACACGACACGCAUAAAUCAAUUAAACUGCAGCCAAAUGUAAACGACAAUCUUUUUUUUUAACUCUCUCUAACGCACUCCCUUGUGUUAUAUAUGUAAAUAGAAGAAAACGUCGCUCGCAGCAGCAAAAAGGCCACUAUUUUUAUGCCUUAGUUGUGUCAUAGCUUUGAGUCAGUCCUUCUUAGUUUUGUUACAAAUUUUGUUUUUCGGUUUGUUUUUUCUGUUUGAAGUAACCUAAAGUAUUAUUAUAAAAACACACACACACACACAAACAACAACAUUCCUAUUUAGUACUAUUGUUAUUAUUUAUUUUUUCUUUUUCUUGAUUAUUAUUAAUAUACAAAGUAAAAAAAAAAAACAUUCUUAUGAACGCAACAUUAAAUAACAAUUAAAUUCAAUUGUGUUUUGUUUUGUACAUUACUCAAAAUUCUUAAUUACUUAUGAAACCAAACGAAGAAAAAGAAACAUUAAUCGAAACAAAAACAAUGCAAAUGAGUAUAAAUUAUUUUAAUUUUCUUAAAUAAAUCACUUUAAUUACAUAAACAUAUACACACACACACACACACGAACACUUUGUAUAAAACAACCAACAUUAUUAUAAUUAAUAUUAAUUGAUAAACAAAAAAAAAAUUAAUAAAAAAAAACAAACUAUGUCGCUCAACAACGGUAGAGAAAACGAAACGCAGCAUCAAUGGCAGCAGCAGCAACAGCUGGAGACUAAUAACAAUGAGCUUCACAAAGAUACCUCCUUUAUGCCAGCAGCGCCAACGGCGGCGGCGCCGACGUCGUCAACAACCACGACGUCAAACACAAAUAGUCAUAGUAGCCACAAUGCCGGUGAUAACCAUAGUAACAGCCUGAGUAGGAGAUCGCUUGAUGUGCCUCAUACAUUAGAUAUACAUGAACAGCCCUGCGAUGACAAUAUCAGUAACAGUAGUAGUUUAAACCAACCAUCACAACAACAAGAACAAACAACAGCAACAACACCCAUUACAGAUAUAACAACAACAUUAAACUCAACACCCCAUGAAUACACCAGCAACAAUGGUGUGCAACAUGGUCAAUAUCGUUAUACUAUGCCACCAUUCUCAAACAACAACAACAACAAAAAUCACACCAACAUACCCACCAUUCAACACCAACCAUCGCAGGAUGAUAAUUUUAAAUUAUUUACAAUUUAUGGAAAUGAUACCGACAAUGACAAACUGUCCGGUUUACCACAUUCGACAACCGGUUCAUUAAGCUCAAUCAUCACGACGUCCAUAGCAUCCUCAGAACCUGAUCCUGGAGCGGGCGGCGGUGGCGGUGGAGGUGGUGGUGGCAAUGGUGGAGGUGGCAGUGCCGGCAAUGGACACGAUGGCCAAAAUAGCGCGGAUGAGAAAAUGGCCCUUAACAGGCCGGGCAUUAAACAAGAAAAAUGGACAACAAUCUUAUUGCAGGUUUCAAUACCAUUCUUUUUGGCUGGUAUUGGUACAAUUGGAGCUGGUAUCAUUUUGGGUAGAGUAGAGAAAUGGCGUGUCUUUAAAUCGGUUAGUGAAUUGUUCAUUUUGGUGCCCGCCCUACUGGGUCUUAAAGGCAAUCUGGACAUGUGUCUGGCAUCACGUCUCUCCACACAGGUCAAUUUGGGCAAUAUGACAUCUCGCCAAGAAGUUGUACGUAUGAUUGUGGGCAACAUAGCAUUGGUGCAGGUGCAGGCCACUGUUGCAUCAUUUCUGGUUGCCAUGUUUGCAAUAGGUGUUGGCGCUGCAAUGGAUGGAAAUUUCGAAUUUGAACACGUUAUGUUAUUGACUGCAUCGGCGAUGUUUACUGCAACAUCGUCCUGUUUUGUAUUAGAUUUCGUAUUAGUGGCUGUGAUAUUACUAUCUCAAAAGUAUCGAUUGAAUCCUGAUAAUUUGGCUACACCCUUAGCUGCCUCCAUAGGUGAUGUUGUUUCAAUUAGUUUAUUAUCAUUUAUAGCUUCGCUGCUUUUCGAUCACAUAAAAACACAUUUAUGGAUAACAUUUGUUGUGGUCGCCUGCUAUCUGGUCUUACUGCCCAUGUGGGUCACUGUUGUAUUGAAAAAUAAAUAUACUAGGCCCGUGCUCAAGAGCGGUUGGGUUCCUGUGCUGUCAGCUUUGUGUAUAAGUGGCUUGGGUGGCCUCGUACUCGAUGCUGCCGUGGAAAUAUUCAAUGGUUUCGUUGUAUUCCAACCCAUUAUCAAUGGUAUUGGUGGUAAUCUGGUUUCAGUACAAGCUAGUAAAAUAUCAACAAUGUUACAUCAAAGUUCAAUUAUUGGUAUUAUACCGCCACACACAAAAAUAUUUGAAUGGCCAUGGAAGGCUCUCUUCAAAGGAGUACCAUAUGCUAAAACUGCUCGUCUUCUGAUUUGCAUGUCAAUACCUGGCAAUAUACUCUUCAUAUUUGCUGCCGAUUACAUACAUAUGUCCCAGUCGACUGUAACAUUUGCCUUUGUCAUGUCAUAUCUGGUAGCAAGUUUGAUACAGGUAAUGCUGCUACUCUACAUUGCCCAUAUUAUUGUGCAUGCCAUGUGGAAGUGGAAAAUCGAUCCAGACAAUUCAUCCAUUCCAUAUCUCACAGCAUUGGGCGAUUUGCUUGGCUCAAGUUUGUUAGCUUUAGCAUUUAUCUUUUUGCUAUCGAUUAACAAAGAAUAUGGAGCAGGCUAUGAUGCACUAGAUGCCUCCAAUUAGUUAAAUGUUUACAACAUUAGUCACGUUCAUUGGGCGGUGUGGCCCAAUGUUCCUAUAACCACCACCACCCGCCUCCCUUCACUGAUAAUUCUUUCGCAGAGUUGUAGCCAUAGUGAUGCAUUAUAUAUAGCGUUCGAUAUUCAAAGAUGAUGAACAUAACCUCGUAGUUAUGGUGACGAUUACAAUACAACAAAAGAAAAUUAUUAUUAUAAUGAUGUAGAAGAAAACGAAGAUGAUUAAGAAGAAGACCAGUGCUUAGACUAGUUCAUUCUCCAAAGUACCUUAAUGGAAGUAAAUUAAAAGAAAUUUAGAUUAUGUGUGUAUUUUAAUUUAUUUUAAAUGAAAUUAAGUAAUUAUGUAUGUAUGUAUUAAAGAAACAAAACAAAACAAAAACAAAAGUCAAAUAUAAAAAGUGUCCACAUCCUUCCCAACCAUUUUGUCCCAUCCAAUCCUUAUAUCCUUCCCACUCAUUUCUCCCUAUAUAAAUAACUAUAUGUUUAUUUAAAUUAGGAAAUUUAAUUUGAUAAAAACCAAAAAAUAAAUUGAAAAUAAAAACAAACAUUUGUUCAAAAUCGUU